GAGGCAACUGGAACUGCUUCUUAUCGCCAUUAUCUUUUAUUUUGAUCACUUGUGGUACAGUGUCGAGGCCGGUUCAAUGAAAUAUAGCCAUGGCCUACUGGUGUCAGCACUAAGUUCACGUUCGCAGGAUUAUGGUACGCCAACGAAUGCAGCAACUGCUUCAUCGGGGGUGCUUGGUGUUGGUGUAGAUUCCACAAGUCCUAGCCUUGGCACACCAGUAAAUAGUGAAGCCGCAGCUAUGCUCCAGAGCUCAGCACACUCCGGAGGGGAAGUUGUUGUGCCAAAAACUUUCCCGCUUAGCGCACAAGAACCAUCAUGUGAACAACUACGUGCCAUGUGGAUUUUUUCCAAGCGACAAUCCAGAGCUGCAGAAAUCACGAACGAGAUACCGACAUAUCGCGAUCCGUUUGUUUUUAAUGUUUGGGAGCCAUAUUACUCGACCGUACGCAGCAUGGGUGGAGGAAUGCUAAAGCACUGGCAACUGUGGUCUUAGGCCUUACAUUAGACUACUUAUCUAUAGAUAUGUAUGAUACUGGUACCGUUGUAUAUCCUACAAUAUUAUAUAAUAUAUGUAUAUAUACAUAUGUAAAUUUUGAAGGCAAUGAGAGAUAAAUGUAAUAUUA